AUUAUAAUGAACAAUAAAAAAGAUCAAAAUCUAACUGCCUAAGGCACAUAAAUUAAAGGAACCACUAAAUAACCAGCUCAUUAAACACAGUAAUAAAAACCUGCUCAGAAUCACCCAGUUUAAAAUUAAACAGCUACUAAACAAUAAUAAUAAAAACCAACACAAUAACAUCCUACAAACACUAAAACAUAACCAAAAUAAUAAACUUAAUAAUAAGCAUAAGUAACUAAACCUUAAUAAUAAUAACAAAAAUAACAAUAAUAAUAAUAAUAAUAAUAAUAAUAAUAAUAAUAAGUGUAACCAGUUGCUCCAAAGAAAUUAGAACCUAAAAGGACUAUUAAGCUAUAAGCUAUGUUAAAUGCUAUGGAUUAAGAUAAAGAAGAAGGAAAAAUUAGUUUUUUAGUAGAUAAAACAGGUAAAUAAAACUAAUUUAUUCAUUUUAGGAAAUGCUUAUACAUUUUUUAAGUAUAAGGGAACAAUUGUUGAUAUUACCUAAUUCUUGAUUGUUGAAUAAAAUUAAGGAAAAAAUCAUGAAGAUCAUAUUGAAAAAGCUAGAAAAGCUGUUGUAUAUAGUUUAGAGGUUGGUGAUAAUUUAGUAUUUUCAACUGAUCUUGCAACAACAAAUUUGAAUGAAUUUUUUAAGUAAUAACUUUAUAUUAAUUUCAGAUCUGAUUGGUAUAAGCCAGAAUCAAUAUUCAAUUACGAAGAAAUUACAAAUCCAAAGUAUUUUAGAGCUCAUUUAUUAAAACCUGAAGAGGACAAAGAUGGAUUUGGUAAUAAAGGAUAAUUUUGGCCUAAAAAAGAGUUACAUAUUGUGAUGUUGUUUACCAUAAAAGAAGGAGAUUUAGACUAUGAAUAACAUUUGAAUAAAUUAGGAUUAGACAAAUUAAAAAAUCAAUUUGUAAUAACAAUAAUUGAAGAUUGA